CCCUGCCUCGCCCUCCUGCAAAACGCCCUGUACAGAAAUGAGCAGCCACGUACCGCUUCCGCCAGACCGCCACAGCAAAACAAAGCUAUUUGUGACUGUCUCUGCCCUUGCAUCAAAGAAACGCGAGCAUCUCAAGUGCAUCGAAACACACCCGUUCAACUACCAGUGCACAGCGAUCCUACCUAGUGCCCACAGCGCACAGCAGCUCCUUGAAUCCCGCCCCUUCGGCCACUACUACACUGGCACAAUGACUCUGUCCCAGCUCAUUGACCCACAGUUCAUUUCCCGGUACAUCAAAUCCACGGGCAGCCUGGUGGCACUGAGCCAGAGUAAUGCAAUCGACUCUGGCGACCUCUUCGCCAUCGACGGCCAUGGCCGCCUGAUCCUGAGUCUGGGCAAGGACUCGUACGAGUCAGCGGGCUUGGUUGGACAGACCGCAAAGUUUCCGCUUGAGCGCGGCGUGCGGCACAUUGUCACGGUCGAUCUGACGCUGGACAGCAUGGCACCUGGCCGCAAAAUGUACGAGCGCGUGAAAUGGAGCUUCGACACAGUACUGAACCAGCCAGUCGAGUUCCAGCUGGGAUUCUUUGCAGCCGAAACCGGCCAGUCACUAGACAUUGACUUGCCGGGUCUGACCAAACACCUGCCAGCGGUCAGCAUUGGCGAGCGCGCUGGGAUCUUGGUGCCAGAGACCAGCAGCCUGUUGGAAACAUCCCAGAAGCCGUCCGAGGACUGGGUCGAGGGUGCGCAGGAGCUUUUUGAGUGGAUCGGCCAGGUGGCCUUUGAGUCCGAGCGUCUGACGGAUGACAGGGUCGAUCCGUUCAUCAACGCCUAUAGCGUCUCGCAGCCCUGCACCAAAGCCGAUGCAUCGGUUCUGACCGUCUCAGGGUUGCUGGCGCCCGCCGCCAUUGCCAAGUUCGCCCAGCACCUUGCCGACCAGGCAAGUGACUUUUUCCUGUGCGUCUGGGGCCACGAGGACGCGCCAAUUUCGUGGAAUACCAGCGAGCACGGCUACCUGGUUAGCGGCGAGAACAUGUUCGCCCAGGCCUACCGCCUCUCCGACCAGCACUGCAUAACCUUCCAGGCAUGCGGGGCAUGGGACUCGUUCUCAUAA